CAGUUUAGGUAUAUAUCGCGACGAUAUUCACGCUUACCGCAGUAGAGCUUCACUCCGGGGCUGAAACGAGCUAGUUGUUCAAUCACUCGGUCAUUUAUCGCUGAUUCGAAGAUUGAAUCGGGUGAACCGUUUGUUUUUUGUUUUGAAUUUAUUUUUUUUUUUGUUUUUUUUUUUUUUUUGUUUUGCUCUAUUUCGUUGUCAGUUUGGAAAUAUCGUGAAGUUAUGUAGCGUGAUUUUCUCCGGUGAGAAAUAUUAAUGAAUUUGUCGUUACAUUGUUCCUGCAUCUGCUGAAGGGAUUUUUUGUGCAAUUGCGACGUCGAAUUGUCGCCGUAACAAUUUUUCAUCGUGAAUAGCGCUCGUACGACCGUACACAAACUUGGACGCGAGGCAAUAUACGAUAUAUAGGAUAUAACAAGGUUUCAAGAAAAAUGCAACCCCUGCAACUUGACUAGCAUCUGCAGCUCGCCGACCGCUGACCUUCAUAUGAAUUAUUCCAGCAACCCCGUGCAGCAGAACUAAUCGCGUCAUGACAAAUGGGAGAAUGAAGCAACGGGUGGCCGUAGCCCUAGCCACGGUUUGGCUGGCGUCGAUUGUUGGGGCGUCGGUUCCGUUGGGAGUAACACCCGCGUAUCCCAUCCUCCGUUCUCCAGGCCCCUCGCCCGAUCAAUACACCCCCGCGCUGCUCCGAAAUCCCCGCAACUACCGCCAGGACGACUACGGCCGGGACUGGAUGAACGAUGAACCUUCGAGGACGAAAGUUGCAAAUCGCCUGGAUGGCUCUGACCGAAGGCAAUCGGUCGCUACCGAUCCCGACGCGUCGAUACCCCUCGGAUCGACGCCGAACGAAUUGCUCGGAGGAAGAAUGGUCGAAGGUGCGGAUGACUCCGGGACCUCGCAUCGGUUUCGAUCGAGCGACACGAGAAUCGACACCGAAUUGGACAGAGAGGCGAUGAAGUUGUCGAGUAUCAAGGUAGCAUUCGACGAACCGAUCGACUCGGAGCUAUCGGUUAACAACGGUCAACGGGAUUGGAUCAGCCACGAUAUCGAAGAAGACGGUAGCGCGAUAGAGUCGAACGAAUUUUUAGCCGACGACACGUUCGAGGACGAAGGUCCUGGUUCCGUGGAAGUGUACAAGCUCGACUUGCACAAGGACAGGGCUGUCCUCAGCCCUCAACCCUCCGGUAAAAAUUACUUGAAACACAAAAGCAAAAUUCCAAAAAAAGUCAACGUCGUUGACCAGAUAUCCAGGAAGGUCAAAGACCCCAAGGAAUCGAAUUACCGUGAAAGAAGCUCAACGAGAUUCGAUCACUACUCCGAUCAGUAUUCGUCGCGCCCAAAAUCCAUCAAAGAGAGGAUAUUCGGCGUUGGCGGAGUUCCGGAGCUCCAGGUAGGCUGCGAGGGGGUCGAAAACUCCGGGAGACAAAAAAGAUCCGACAAUUCUGACGGUUCGACAACUCCGAAUAGUUCGGUCCUUCAUAUAGACCUGGACUACAACUCGGACGAAUAUCUCGACGUUGUUUCCGGGGGGGAUGAAUUGGUGAAAAUUUUAAAGAAUUCCAUGACACCUACCGUCAGCCCGAACAACGGCAGGGGCGACAUUGACCCCAGAGUCGAAACACCGGCCGAUCUCGAAGCGAAGAAAAAACUGCAGCGGAAAGACCAACUCCCGCUGCGGGGGGAUCUGGGCACCGCGGCCAAUGAAAAUUUCGAUGUAUCGAUUCGAGGUCAAGAGAGUAUAAGUCACGCGAACCCCCUGAGGACCUUGUGGUCACCGCUUGAAAUUUCACGCGCGCAGUUCGGUAACGGUCGCAAACUGUUGUCCUUGGAUGAAAAUGAGAAUGCGGAACAGGACAGCAUCUCGCACAAACAUGGAAAACGACGCAGGCAUCACUGGCGUAGUUCUCGUCCGGGACGACACACCGGAACAAAAAGACACCGUCCACAGGAAACGGAACGAAAGCGAGAAGGAAAGGACGUGAGAGGGAGAAACAAAGCUAUCGAUACAAUCGGAAGAGAUAACGAAAAGAAAAGGAAGGGGAAACACAACAAACGUAAGGGGGUUCUUCGGGAUGCCGCCGUCAGAAGCCAAGCUUCCACUUUACUACGUCCGGGAAUGGGUGUAACGCCAACGCACCGACUCGAAGACGCCAAAGAUCACCAACUGCAGAUAGAAAAGUCGAAGCGUAGCGCGGUAGAGAGGCAACUCAGAGAUGAAAAUGAAAAGAAAUUAGAAGAUUACAGAAGAAGAAAUACGCCGAUACCGCGGCGGAAAAGCUUCAAACACAGAAAUGAAAAAACGCGAUCACAGCAGGAUAACGAUAUAGCACCCGAAAAUUUACGCCGGCCCGCAACGCCUCUGACCAAUAAUAACCGCCGAGUCGUCGACGAAUAUGCAGCGAGACGUGGCGCACUUUUUCAAGAACAACGACGACGAGAAGCUGAGAAAACUAACAAAGUCGUUAAUCAAACAGAAUCGGAGAGGCGAAGACAAUCCGCGAUGACAAGACCGCAGAAUCAGACACGAAAUCCUAAUUCCAUAUACAAAUUGAGGAGCCGACAAGAAAUAGAGAGGAUCUACGCGUUACCGGUGAAAGCUCGAAUAGUUAUUCAGCAAGAUAAAACUAACAACGUUCCUCCAGUCAUCGGAUCCCGUUUCAACGAAGGAGACGACAAAAUUGGAUUCACGGGUUUAAAUCCAACGAACAACGGAUUGCGAGCCCCUCAGUUUCCGGCGCCUCCGACGAGGAGGCCUCCGGUCGAAGGACCAUCGCCGUGCGUUUGGGCGAUAAUUAAUUGUUGUUCGAACAAAAAUCGACUGGCGACGUGUUUCGAAGCGAAAGGUUGUCCCGGUGGAGCUUGGGAUCCCGAUCCUUGCACCCCCGAAAAAACAGCAAUAGCGAUCCAGAUGGUCAACAAGUAUUACGGGGACUAAUCAAUCACGAAUUUCAACACUGCCGCUUCGUCAACGACCCCACUUAUUCGACGUACAGUCGAAAAGAUACUUUCAAAUUUCCGAAGGAAAAAAACUCAAGAACUGAAAGUAUAACUCCACAAGUUCGGAGAACACACUUGUGAAUUCUGACCAUUUUCUUUUAGCUACAAUCGUAAGCAGCCGCUCGAUCGAGCCAGUCAUGUAAGCUUGGCGUGAUCAUAACUGAAAUAGUUAGACACUACGCGAUAUGAUUGAGGCUGGCGAAAAAUAUCCCUAGUAGAUGGAUGCGGGUCGUGCGGCGCCAAAUCACCACCUCUGCCGUGGGCGCCGCUGUGAAUUUCCAUAGGGAUAUUUUGCGCCAACCUAAAUCAUAUAGCGUAGUGUCUAACUAUUUCAGUUAUGACUAAGGUUUGUGUACAAAACGCCAUGAAUAUUUCAACGUUCGAAAAUACCCACUGGAGGAAGAACCUUACACGCGACGGUUUCUGGAUUUCCAGAGUUCUAAGUGCUAUAUUGUCGUCUCUAUGAGUGAAAAUUUAUCAGUUUUUCACCCCCCUUUUCUCGGAUUUAUUCCACUUAACACCUAUUAACACCUAUGGCUUAUCUUAUCGAUCAAAUGCAGCUACGAUCUAUUACAUAUAUUUUAUUUUAUAGGCUACGACUAUUGAUAACUUAAAUUAUUUCAAAAUUGUGAAACCAUAGAGGCUAUGUAACCCGUAUAAUUUUCGGAUUUUUAUACAUCCAAAAAAUCGAUUCGCAAAUAUAAAUAAAUUUCAGUUGAAUACACAAUAUGAGAUAUUAUCGCACGACUUGUCAUAGAAUAAUAACGAUAUAUGUACUUUUACAUUUGUACUCUAACCAUUUGAAUGUAAUAUGAAUAAUUUUAUAAUUACUAGCUCUACACCUUUUGUGAUAUACCUACGUUAGGAUUGAUAAAAAAAACGCAACUAGUCGGUACUUAUUUCGUAAAGUGAUCGCGCAAAACUUUCCGCUGAAUAAGCAGCUCAAUAAAGUUGGCAAAAUUAUUGAUGUCGCAUAAUUUGCUGCGAUUCUAUCCCGUUGAUUCACUUUGUUUCAGUCACACACUAGUGACACCUAUUUUGGUUAUAGGAAAUCGAUUUCGAGAUUCAGCAUUUUUCCGAUCAAAUCUAAAAUAGAUAGAUAUGUACAUACGUAUCUCGUGGCAAUAGUAUAUUCGAAUAAAUAUAAUGUUAUACGACGAUAAA